GAACAACAGAGAUGUAUGGCCCAAGGCAAGCUGUCUCCUCACUCCACCUCUUUUCCUAAAUCUGUGAUGCCUUUCCCAUGUACCUGUAGGGCUGGGCAGGGGUAGGACUGACUUGUCAAACCAGUAAGGGAGCUUCAUCUGGAUAGGUGAUAACAUGCCUAUGUUGAGGUGACUGUGCGGAUGACUGAGACUCCCAAUUAGCUUGUUUUCCAGGAGCAGGACAUGGCUCCUACCCUCGGUCAUUUGAGCCCAUCCUUGUUGUAGGAGUGUGUGCCUUCAUAGGCUAAAGAUUGAAAGGUUGGAGAAUGCCACUGAACCGUGUCGAAGAGUGAUGUAGGAGUGGGAGCUCAUCGGGAAGAAAAUAUUCAGGCAGCAUAUAGAGAAAUAGAGGCACAACUACCAGGACCAUUUUGUUCGCAGUCUCUCUCCUUGGGUAGCUGAAUGCCCCUGAAGGCUUGGAAGGUCUUGCUAGUUAUUAUGGACCUAAAUAAGGCAAGACCAGUGGAGGAAAAGAGUUGGCCUUGGCUUUCUGACAAACCUGGUCCUGAUGAUUCAUGGCCUACAUCAGCUAGCCAAGACUUAGAUUUCGGUACCAAGGAAGGAACAGCAAAGUCAGCAACGGAAGCAAAGGAAGAUGGUGUUGGUAUUAUUGAAAAUGUGCCACCAGAGCAAACAGUUAAUGGCAGUUUGACUUCUGCUGGUGGAGUGCAUAAAAAUGACAGAAGUGAUAUCAUGUCAGCAUUAGAAUUAGGAGAAGAGGAAGAUGUAGAAUCACCUUCUCUUCCUGAGUAUCAAGUUCCAUUAAAGGUUGAAGAAAAAAAGAAGCACAGAGGAAGUGACAUAGAAGUAUCAGAAAACAUACAUGAUGCUGCGGCUGCUGGAUUAAUUCCACAAAGACAGAAUGGAAAAACUGAUAACCAUCAAUUGCCUAUUACAGAAAAUAAAGAUUCUGAUAGGAGGGAACCUGGUUUACAUGUGAAGAAGUUAAAGAAAGGUGAAAAUGAAAAAGGGACAUCAAAAGGAUCUGUGAUCACACCAGUGUUGCAGAAGGCAGAUUCCCUAACUGGUGGUCCACUACAAAAGAAUGAUGGCAGCCAUUUCAGUGAAAAGGAUCAGCAUGAAAGCAGACCUGCAAAGAAAAUUUCUAAGAAAAAGAACAAGGUCAAAAAGCAAAUUACUUCUAUGGAUGAUCUUGUCGACUUCAUUCAGUCAUCUGAAGCAGCUUCAGAGCAUUGUGAGUUGCCUUACUCUAAGAAUUUCAUGUUGCUGAUUGAACAACUUGGCAUGGAUUGUAAAGAUUAUGCUGGCUUCUUGAAAAUCCAAGAUAUACGUGUUUCCUAUGAGAAAUUAAGGAAACUUAACAAAAAUCACUGUAAACUUCUUAUGGGAAAAAUGACAAAAAUGGAAAAAAUGGUUAGUGCACUACAAAACGAGCUACAAGAAACCAAAGACAUGAUAUCACGGUUAGAGCAUCAAAAAGUUGAAUGGGAACGUGAAUUCUGCAGUUUGAGAUGUACCUUAAAACAAGAAGAAGAAGAAGAAGAAGAAGAAGAAGAAGAAGAAAGAAGAAAUGCUGAUAUGUUAUAUGAAAAUAUUAGGGAAAAGUUAAGAAGAAAAGAAGACGAAUAUAAGAAAGAAGUUGAAACAAAACAACAAGUUGAACUCGCUCUUAGAACGCUAAACAUGGAAUUGAAGGCCACCAAAAAUCAGGUUGUAGAAGAGCGCAGUGACACUCAGUGGCAACUUUCUCCAGAUCAGAAGGCCAGAGUCUUACAAGAUGGAAGUCUAAACAAUCACCUUUACAAGCAAAAGGAGCUAGAAAUGGCUCAUAAGAAAACUAGUUCUAAGGUAGUUGUGAGACAACUUCAACAAGAACUGGCUGAUACUCUGAAGAAACAGUCUAUGUCACAUCUUCAUCUGGAAGAUGAAACACGGAAUCUCAAGAAGAAAUUAGGUCAAAUCAGAAGUCAGUUGCAAGAAGAACAGGAACGACAUGCAGAGGCCGUAAGAUAUGCUGAGGAGAUGAAAGAUCAUGUGCAAAAGCUACAGGUUAAAAAUGCCAUGCAAGAAGCAACCAUCAAACAUCAAGUGGCCCAGAUUCAAGAUCUUGAGAGCAACGUGAUAAAGACACGUUUGUUACAAGAAGCACAGAAACGACAUGCAGAGGCCGUAAGAUAUGCUGAGAAGAUUAAAGAUCAUAUGCUAAAGUAUAAUUUAAACCUCACAGAAAAUAACUUGUUUAUUUAUAAAGCAGAUAAGCAGUGUACUAUGAGAAAUGUAUUAGUUAUGCGAGUAUAUCAUAAUUUCUGUAAUACCCUCACUUGUUCAGAAAUUACACGAUACAGUUUUAAAAUUAUGCAAGAAGAAACCAUCAAACAUCAAGCGGCCCAAAUUCAAGGUCUUCAGAGCAACUUGCUAAAGGCAAGUUUGUUGCAAGAAGCAAAGGAUCGAGAGGCAGAGGCCAUAAGAUAUGCGGAGAAGACGCUAGAAGUGCAAAAUGCCAGACAGGAAGAAACCAUCAAACAUCAAGCGGCCCAAAUUCAAGAUCUUCAGAGCAACUUGUUAAAGACAAGUUUGGCUGAUGUCCUUACAACAGAACUGGAAACUACAUCUUCAAAAUGUCUACACCUGGAUGCAAAAAAUCAAGUUCUUCAACAAGAGUUAUUAUCAAUGAAAUCUUUCGAAGAAGAACGUGAAAAACUAGAGAGCAAUAACAAGAAGUUACAGCAAGAAGUAGUAAAAUUGAAACAAUUUAUGGAAAUGAAUAUGGUAGAACGCAGUCAAGUGGAACAGUAUAAACGGGAGAUUGAAGAAAGAGCACGACUGGACAUAGAAGAAAAAUUACACGAAGUCAACCUGUUUUUACAGGCACAAGCAGCAGCUCAAGAAGACUUGGACCAGUUAAGAGAAAAUGCUCAUGCUUCAACGAGAAGUCAAAUGGAACUUAGAAUUAGAGAUCUGGAAUCUCAGGUCUCUACAAUGAAGACUUCUCAAGAAGAUUCGACUAAAACAGAGUUGGAAACCUACAGGCAACUCUACCUAGAAGAAUUAAAAGUUAGAAAGUCCUUGAGAAAUAAGCUGAACAGGACUAAUGAGAGACUGUCAGAGAGCAAUACAAAACUUCUUGUGGAGAGACAGCAGCACCAAACUUUACUCAGGACCCUUACUAUGAGCCCAGGCCUGGAACCACCUUAUUGUGGACAUUUUGAAAAUAAUUUAGUGCUCAAUGGAAACUUUACUCCAGGAGGAAACUUAGUGAUUCCUACCUUGAACCCACGGCCGUCAUAUGACUACUGAGAGACUUCCUUGUGGAAGAUGCAGCGGGAGUUGGAAAGAAUAACCAGAGCACUAGAAGAAGCUGCUACCGAAUUUGAAUGAGGAUCCUGUAGAAAUCCUUUAGUAUCUACUGAUGAUUCAAUUCUAAAUCAAGAUCCAGUAUGGAAAGCGCCACGAGAAUAUGUACAGAUUUUGAACAAAAAUUAUACAAUUUGAAAAAUAAAUAGAAAAAAUUUACUGGAUGCUUACAAAACAUUUUCAUUGCUUCCCAAUUGAACACACUAU